GACAGCCUCAAGCAUGAGGGCAAGUACGUAUUGGGCUUCUGCCGCGAGCACAUGAAGGCGUGGAGGUGCAUGCCAGGUCAGAAAAAGGAGUUCACGAAGGACGUCAAGAAGCCAGAGGGGUCCACGCCAGAGGACCCAACCUUGGCAACGUGGUCCGAUGGUUUCAAAGCUCGCAUCUUCCAGUUGAGUUGCGCCGAGUUCGACGCGAUCGAGGACACCGAAAAGGUUAGCACCUCCAGGGGUACGUAUGUCUGGGAGACUCGCCCGACGGAGAACUCGCGCAUCUGGGUGAGCAGGCCUACCUCGAAGAACAACGUGUUCUGCGUCCACUCCAAGGUCGACGGGUCUCAGAGCCAGAUGUGCCAGGUCAAGGCGACGGCGUUCGGGGAUGACGAGGAGCAGAUCAAGGAAGCCGAGAAGCUCGCAGUGAAGCUCGCUCAGAAGUUGGCGUCCACGGAGGACACAACCAAGGAUAUGCUCAAGGAGCUCAGGGACAAGGCGCUGCCCACGCCCACGAAGGUCAAGAGGCUGGCGAGCCAGACCGACGGCAAGCAACCAGCACCGAAGAAGGCCAAGAGCAAGGCGAAGGCCAUUCCACCCUGUCAGGCGGAGGCCGCGCAGCCCGUCGUGCCAGCCGAGCCCGUCACGCCAGCGCCCGACGAGGGGAAGAUCACGGAUUUGCCAGGGAGCGCCUCGGCCAACGAGUCCGAGUCCGAGAAGGCGGCCAUCUCACACAAGUGCGGGUUCUGCGGCGAGGAGCCCACGUGCCUGGACAUCUUCAAGAAGUACAACUUGUGCACGGCGUGCUACAAUGACAAUAUAUUUGGUUGA